GCCAAACAGCCAGGCAAUGCUUCCAACAUCGCGAGCUUCCCCAAUCCUGCCAAGUUCGUCUCGUCCUCCGUCUUCCAUCGACAUCUGGCGCGUCGUCGCCAGCAAAGUCAACAGGGUUUGCGUGCCCCGUCGUCUUGUACUGCACAGGACGCCUAGCGAGCGAUAUCCCGGCCCUGCUCGCGAAGAAUUUUCGAUUCCGGCGAAUCGCGGACCAAGAACAUCACUCGCGCGGCCAAAGUGACAAGGCGACCAAAACAGCUCUCUCACCAUGACGGACCGGCUCCCCCCCAACCUGCUGGCGCUCUUUGCGCCGCGCCCGCCCUUGCGCUGGGUCCCGCCAUGCGACCAUCCGCCCGAGGAACGCAGGACGGCGUCUAUCUCGGGCGUCGCCCAGUACCUGCCCGCCAUGGCCGAGUACGAGCGCGUGUACGAGUACCACCCGACCGAGAGCUGGCUGGAGAGGCGCGACCGCAAAAAGCGCGAGAAGCAGGAGCAGGUGGAAAGGCUGCUCACCGAGGGCCCCAAGAAUUACAACCCCCAUGCGGAUCCCAACAUCCGCGGUGAUGCCUUCAAGACGCUGAUAGUGGCGCGGUUGGACUACAACGCCGACGAGAAGGACCUGGAACGUGAAUUUGGGCGGUUUGGGCCCAUUGAGCGAAUCCGCAUCAUCCGCGAUACCCACGCCCACGAGAAGGGAAACAAGAAACAGAAACCCCACCGCGGGUACGGCUUCGUAGUGUUUGAGCGCGAGAAGGACAUGAGAGCUGCCCUGGAAGGAUGUGAUGGUAUCCGCAUCAAGGACCGGCGGAUCAAGGUUGACGUAGAGAGGGGCAGGACAGUCAAAGGUUGGAAGCCGCGCCGCUUGGGAGGCGGGCUUGGUGGUCGGGGCUACACCAAGGCAUCUACGUCCAGGCCGAUGGGCCCCGGCGGCUUUGGCGGUGGGUUCCGGGGCGGCUUUGGCGGUGGUUUCAGGGGAGGACGCGAUCGCGGGUUCAGAGGAGGUAGCGGCUACGGCGACCGCAGCGGAUUCCGUUCCAGCCCCGGUGGUCCCGGCGGUGGUGGUGGUGGUGGUGGUGGUGGCGGCGGCGAGAAUGGUGGGUACUACAGCGGUAGCGGCAGAGACUACGACCGACCCAGGGACCACGACGACUCUCGGAAACGCGGCUACGAGGGCGGCUACGAAGACCCGAGGAAGUUGCGACGCUACUAACAAGACUGGCCUCAUGUCUUGUGGUGGGUAUCAUUCUCUUCACUGUCGUUUCCCUCGUCCUCUUCCCCCCCGAUCCCGCCUCGUCUCGGCAUUGAGGGUAAGCCGUCUCGUCAGAA